AGUGAGGCUCAGAGCGGCUCGAACCUCUCAGCCUCCGUCCCACGAGGGGUGGGACGAGCUGAGAAACGACCGGAGGCGAGAGCACCACUCUGUGGGAGUUGUAGUUCGGCGCCCAGCCAGCUAGGCGCAAUCUCGGCCAGCAGCGGGCGUGGCCUUCGUCCUGCCAUUCCUCCGAGGAGUGCGGAACGAGAGGACUCCUGGGUGGAAAACAAGGCGGAGCCAAGACUCAGAGCCCUCAGCCUCAGCCACUCAGGAGGGGGCGUGCGAGCGGAAGACGCUCAGAGGGUGCGCAGCCCUCUGGGAGCUGUAGUUCCGCGUCGGCGCGCAGGCGCAGUGCGCUCCGUGGCAGCCUCAGCCUUUGUCCUACAGUCCGGCGAACUGCCUACAGAGGAGCUGACUGUUCCUGCGAGAGGCCCGAGGAGGAGGGAAUGACCGCUGGGCUCCUCACUGCCGGGGACCCGCCUCUGCAGUGUCCAGACCUGUGCUCAGCAGGACUCUGCAGAUAACUGAGCAAGAUCUAAUGAGUCUGGAAAGUGUGGAGCAAGCAGGAAGGGUUGAUGAGAGAAAAGAAAACCACCCCGCCCUGCCCUCAGCAUAAUUUGAAGCUGGGUCUGCAGGACCAAGUGACUUUUGAGGAUGUGGUCGUGGACUUCACCCAGGAGGAGUGGGGGCAUCUGGAGCCUGCCCAGAGGACCCUGUACCGAGAUGUGAUGCUGGAGACCUUCGGGCUCCUGGUCUCUGUGGAACACUGGCUCCCAAAGCCGGAUGUCAUCUCCUUGCUGGAGCAGGAGGCAGAGCUGUGGGCAGCGGACAAGGGAGGCCCCCGAGGUGUGUGCCCAGAUUUGGAAACCAGACCCCAAAGCAAGCUAUCAACUGAAAAGCAAGGUGUAACUGAAGAAAUACCCAACAGUGCCCUGGUAGAAAGGUUCCUACAGGAAAGUCUAUGGCACUCUAAGGAUGAAGAUACUGCAGACCACAGGGAACAGGGCCCUGAGAAGUCAGAUAGCUGUGUGGUACAGGCAGCCUGCACACUUGUAAAGACACUGACAGAGGAGCAGCAGCAAGGGGAUGGGUGUGGGGAAAACUUGAGUUUGAGGCCAGAUCUCCCAACUCAACCAAUGACUCCUGAAAGGCAAGGUGCCCCAAUGUGGGGAACACAUGGACAAAGGGAGGAUCCAGACUCAAAUGCUCAACAGAAAACCUGUGCAAAAGAGAAGCCCUAUGGAUGUCAGGAAUGUGGAAAGGCUUUUAGUCACAGCUUAGCACUCAUUGAACACCACCGAACACACACAGGAGAGAGGCCUUAUGAAUGUCAUGAAUGUGGAAAAGGCUUUCGAAACAGCUCGGCACUUACCAAACACCAGCGGAUCCACACUGGUGAGAAGCCUUACAAGUGUGCUCAGUGUGGGAGGACCUUCAACCAAAUUGCCCCACUGAUCCAGCACCAGAGGACUCACACAGGUGAGAAACCCUAUGAGUGCAGCGAGUGUGGGAAAUCCUUCAGCUUUAGAUCGUCCUUCAGCCAACAUGAGCGGACGCACACAGGUGAGAAGCCCUACACGUGCAGUCAGUGUGGGAAGGCCUUCCGACAGAGCAUCCAUCUCACCCAGCACCUGCGAAUCCACACUGGGGAGAAGCCAUACCAGUGUGGAGAGUGUGGAAAGGCCUUCAGCCACAGUUCAUCCCUGACUAAACACCAGCGGAUCCACACUGGGGAGAAGCCCUAUGAGUGCCAGGCAUGUGGAAAAGCCUUCACCCAGAUCACACCACUGAUUCAGCAUCAGAGGAUACACACAGGUGAGCGGCCUUAUGAGUGCAGUGAGUGCGGGAGGGCUUUCAGCCAGAGCACACUCCUGACUGAGCAUCGGAGGAUCCACACGGGAGAGAAGCCCUACGGGUGCAAUGAGUGUGGGAAAGCCUUCAGUCACAGCUCAUCGCUUAGCCAGCAUGAGCGGACGCACACAGGCGAGAAACCCUAUGCAUGCAGCCAGUGUGGGAAGGCCUUCCGGCAGAGCACACACCUCACUCAGCAUCAGAGGAUCCACACGGGGGAGAAGCCCUACGAGUGCAGGGACUGCGGCAAGGCCUUCAGCCACAGCUCAUCCCUGACCAAACACCAGCGGAUCCACACUGGGGAGAAGCCCUAUGAGUGUGAUGAGUGUGGCAAAGCCUUCAGCCAGCUUGCUCCGCUCAUUCAGCACCAGCGGAUCCACACGGGAGAGAAGCCCUAUGAGUGUAAUCAGUGUGGCAGAGCCUUCAGCCAGAGCUCUCUCCUCAUAGAACACCAGAGGAUUCACACCAAGGAAAAACCCUAUGGGUGCAACGAAUGUGGAAAAUCCUUCAGCCACAGCUCAUCACUCAGCCAACACGAGAGGACACACACUGGGGAAAAGCCCUACGAGUGCCAGGACUGUGGAAAGUCCUUUAGGCAGCGCACCCACCUCACUCAGCACCAGAGGAUCCACACAGGAGAGAAGCCAUAUGAGUGCAGGGACUGUGGGAAGGCCUUCACACACAGCUCCUCCUUUAUCAAGCACCAGAGAACUCAUACUGGGUAGACCCACUCUGGUAUGUGUGCUGGGACCCAGCAAAGCCUUAAGCCAUAGCACAUCACUUACUACGUUUGACCCAGUCAUACUCCUGAUAAACAGUACCCUGUAAACAAGCCUUUGUGCUCAACACACCCUAAGACUCCCACACAGAGUUGACACUUACAGAAAUGAUUGUGGGAACAGCAAGCUCUGGGUCAUCCAUCCCAGAUAGCCAGUCAUCCAGACAGUAGGGAAGUGUGAAGUUAAUCACUGUUGAGAACCUUCAGCCAUGAGUGCCCACCAAUGCUUCACUAUAGAACCUACAAAAGGGAGAAAUGGAAAAAAAUGUAAUGGGCAUGGGGUGGCUUCUAAGAAGUCACCAUAUUCUAAACCAGACAUUUUCAAAGUGGUGAGAAACUCAGCAAAUGCCUUUCAUAUAAAAGAAUCAGAUGCAGUCAGAAUUUGUCAUUAUUGCACAUGACAUUCUUGUGGGUAGGUGCUUAUGAAAAGUGCAAGUUGACUUUCAUAUUUGCUAAAACCAAUAUGGCAGAAUGUUCCAGACAUGAUAGUGGCAUUUUUAAGGAAUCAUAAAUAUUCAAAUAUCCCAGCACAAAAUUUUCUGAUUUGUGUGUAAUUGUUUGAACAAGGUACAUGGGCCACCAGCCUCACAAAUGUGAAUGCCAUAUGAUAAUUAUCCAUGUACUAUAAACAGAUUUUAAAAUAGUUGUAUGCAUUAUGUGGCAAUAAGUUAAUUUUUAUAUGUAAUGGAACUGAAAGGAUUUGUAUAGGAAGACUUGAAAGGUAGAGCCCCUUCCACAGAGUCUUGCAGAUUCUGAGAUGGGUUUUACUGCUUUGUUCUUGCUAUACAAUUUUCUACCAGACUCAAAGGCAUUAGAAAUGCAGAUGUUGCUGUUUCACAAAAAAGUUUUAUCUUUGUUAAGUCAUCAUCUUGGGGCUUCCCAGAUGAUUCAGUGUUAAAGAAUCCACCUACCAAGCAGGAGAUGCUGUUUUGAUCCCUGGGUCAGGAAGUUCUCCUGGAGAAGGAAAUGGCAACCCACUCCAGUAUUCUUGCCUGAGAAUCCCAUGAAGAGAGGAGCCUGGCGGGCUACAGUGCAUGGGGUUGUAAAAGGGUCAAACGUAACUUAGCAACCAAACAACAACAGAGCCACAAUCUCAUGUGCAAGUGCACGUCCACGUGGGGAGCUUAUGUUUUGCAAGAUUUAUCUCUUGAGAAAUGUACAAGUUAACCUUUUUUGAGCUGGUUUUUUUUUUUCAUUGACUCUUUAUCCUAGUGUUUAUUAAGAUUUUGUUUUUAUAAAAUUCAACUAGGAGGGAGUCUGCAGUAUUUCACUGAACGCUGAAUCCACGAACAGCAGUCGCCCUGACAACCAUGAUCCUUAGACAGUGACUUGUCACCCUCAUCAGAACCCAAGUGUAAAUUGCAUUGGCUGAUUUUGGUAACUAACCAUCAGUUAGGGUUAUAUCAGUCAGUUUGAUUUUUCAAAUCACAAUGCUGGAAUAUGUUUCCAGUUAACUUGAAAUUUCUCCAUUGGAGGGGACCAUGUUUGCAAAUGAUCUUCAAUACUGUUCUUCAGUAUCCUUGUGGAAUGCCUCUUCUUUUAUGGCAUUAAUUUGAGCCAUUUGAAAACCAUUUAAGGGGAUUUCCCUGGCAGUCCAGUGGUUAAGAAUCCACCUUGCAUUGCAGGGGAUGCAGGUUUGAUCCCUGGUUGGGGAACUAAGAUCCCAUAUGCCUUGGAACAGCUAAUCCUGCAUGCUGCAACUAAGACCCGACAUAACCAAAUAAACAUUUUUAAAAAUUGAUUAAAAACCCACUUAUGAAUCAAUACAGAGUGCAUAGCAACACUCCCCAAUUGAAACAACGUAAGCCAGAGAUGUAAAUUAAAUAUAUUGUAAUAGUCCAAUUUAAAAAGCAAGAGGACACAGGUGAAACUAAUUUACUAUUUUUCCCCUAUAUAUCACAAAUGUUGCCACUUUGACAUGUUAAUAUAAAAGGGCACUAAUGAGACAAUGUGCUUUUCCAGUAUACUGUGUCUUUGAGAUCCAGUAUAUUUGACGUCUGCAGUACAUUUUAAUUUGCUGUGACCAUGUUUCAAGUGCUCGUCUGCCACACAUAGCCAGCCAGUAGCUGUACUGAACAGGGCAGCUCAAGAGCCUUGAUCCUUUGGCCAGGUGUUUUUUUCCUCCCAUGUAUCCUGUGCUGUUUCCCUGUGCGUCUAUCUUUGUGUAGUUUCUUGUCCUCAAGGAAAUCAGAUGUGCUGGGAAGAUCAGAAACAAAGUAGUCAGAAUAGAAAGGAGACAAAGUGAAAACUGGCCAGAGAUAUUAACAUCUGUAUUAUUGUGUAUGGUGGAUUGGAAAUUGGGAGGGGGCUCACAUUAGGAGCCUCUGCACUUGUGGUUUGUCAAUUUUUUCAGAGAUUUGCCCUGAUGCCUUGGUGAACACCUGUUUUAUGGCAUUGCUGUUCUUAGUUUUUUUGGUACUUACGUUGUCCCAGAAGUGGCCAAUGAGAGUGCAUUCAGGAAAGUUCCUGGCAUCCCUGUGACAUGCCUCCAUCAUUUUCUGAAGACUUCCUUUCUUUUCAGAAUGUUUACAAGCUCAUCUUGUUACUAACCCUGCAAUCAGCCAUAAUUCUCCAGUUCCAAAGAACUGGUUCCGUUUAGAGGGGGACGCUAUUCAGGACCAAAUCUGAGUGCCAGGUGCGCUUUUUGCUAGAAAAUAAAGGCACACAUAUGAACACACAGAUUCAUACUAAAAGGUACAUGGGUGCAUAUACAUAUACAGAAAUACCUCCAAAUCCAAUCUAUGAUUCCCUCACAUUUUUAAGUCCGUUUUCAAUAGAAUGGGGCUUCCCUGGUGGCUCAGAGGGUAAAGCGUCUGCCUACAAUGCGGGAGAUCUGGGUUCGAUCACUGGGUCGGGAAGAUCCCCUGGAGAAGGAAAUGGCAACCCACUCCAGUACUCCUGCCUGGAAAAUCCCAUGGACUGAGAAGCCUGGUAGGCUACAGUCCAUGGGGUCGCAAAGAGUCAGGACAUGACUGAGCGACUUCACUUUCAAUAGAAUGCUGAUUACCGCCAUAAAAGCACUAAUUUGCUGAAUUCUAAAAUACUUCUAAAAUAGUUUCAGAGUUGCUUUUCUCAAACCAUUAUGAAAACAAACCUACUACAAGAAAUUUAGGGUGUUUGCUGUUCCCCUACUAUUACCCUCCUGCCCAAGACAUGGUGAAACAAACCAAUGGAUGAUUUGAUUCUACAAAGAGAAAAAUAUCGCCAAAUGUCUCCAUUUGUUAAUAUCAGGGGGAAAGUGAGUUGGCUCAGGCAUUAGGAGUCUGUGCUGAGGGUCUUACCUCACAUCCAAAUGUGAAGGGAAAUGAAUCACUGAGAACAAAUUUGGUUUAAAAAAAAAAAAAAAAACGGGAA